CAUCUUUUAGUUAUUUUUCUCCUAUUUCCUUGAGUUUUCACACCUUGUUAUAAUUUUCUUCAUAGUGGGGAUCACCCACUUCAGUACUUUUCAAAACUCUUCCCUUUAACAUCUUGAACUUUCAAUAGCUAACUAUUUUAUUAGCUAAAUCAAUUGUCUACCUUGCCAGUAGCCAGAAACUAGAAGCUGAAUCUUCCAUCAUAUACAGUCUUUCUUGCUUUAUAUUGUCAAUGAAACCAAGCCAUUCCCUCUCAGAUAGUAGUAGAUUGUGUUUCAUAGGAAUAAAUUCCAAUGGCAUAUAGACUUAGCAGAGGAAAAAGUAUUACUAGAGACAUGAUACUAUCAUACAUACACACUUUGAUCUCAUAAUGAUGCAAAAGCAAAAACAUUAGCAUCAAGUUCCAAUUAAGCACCCCAUGGAAGGUGUCUUCUCCCUCCCUGCAGCCGCCAGAAUUGAUUUCAUCCACUCUCUGGUGCAGUCUUUUGGCGGCUCAUACAUUUGCCUAUGGUCACAUGAUGCCAUGUCACCAAAUCGUUUGUCCUUCUUGGAUGGUUUCUACAAUGUAAGCAACAUUAGCCAACCAAGCUCUUCCCUUGGUACUCUGGCACCACAGCUUUUCAACCAGUUCCAGAGUUUAACAUUUGAUGUCAAUGAUGACCGUGUCCCUGGACUAGCUUUUAGGAAUCAGUGGCCCUACCUAGAGCUGCAACAAUUAGAACUUCUGAGACUGGCAUCCACAGAGUUACAAGCACAAUUCUAUCAAGAAGCAAGGAUCAAGACUGCUGUUUUCAUGGGGUGCAACAAAGGGGAAAUUGAGCUUGGUUUCUUAAACAUGUCUCAAGCAGACCUUCAAACAGCACUUAGGAGUUUGUUUCCAGAAGACUUUUCUAGACAAACCCAGCAAAUUGAUCAUAAUAAUCCACCAACAUCAUCUUCAUCUUCUUUAAGAUCACCAUCCACAGGCAGCCCUGAAUACUCAUCUCUGUUAUUCAACAAUAUUCCAGGCACUUCUUCUCAACCCCAUUUUCCUGAGACCCUUAGAGGAGCUCUGCCUCCAAUAAACCCAUCCACAAGCCCCCACCACCACCACCACCAACAACAAGCCAUUCAACUCCAAGCACUGGCUCAAACCACUCCAAUUCAAUUCCCUACUACUCCAAAUAUUGAACAUGAUGCAAUAAUGAGAGCAAUCCUCAAUGUUAUAUCUCCUGUACCCUCUCAGCAGCAGAACUUGCCUUACAUGGUGCAUCCAGAAGCUACUGCUUUCAUGAGGUAUAGUAAUAGACCUGAUCAUAUCACAUCCUCCCAAAUGGGGUCCAAUCUCAGAAGGCAAAGCUUGAUGAAGAGAUCAUUUGCAUUCUUUAGAAGCUUGAACUUUGUGAGAAUGAGAGAAAGGAAUCAAGCAACGCGUCCCUCUAGCACCCAGCUGCAUCAUAUGAUCUCAGAGAGAAGAAGGCGUGAGAAGCUGAAUGAGAAUUUUCAAGCACUCAGAGCACUGCUUCCUCCAGGAACUAAGAAAGACAAAGCUUCCAUUCUGAUAACAGCAAAGGAGACAUUGAGCUCUUUGUUAGCUGAAAUUGACAAGCAAGCCAAAAGAAAUCAGGAGCUGACGUCACUAUUUCCAGCCAAAGAAUCUACAACUGAAGGAACCAAAGCCACCCUAUCAUCAUCAUCAAAUGAAAGAUUCAGUGUCCAAGUUUCAAAUGUACUAGAAUCAAGCUCAUCUGAAGAGAGAACGGUGGACUUGCAAGUGAAUUUGAGAGGACAAAUUUCUCAAGCUGAUGUGUUGAUUCGAUUAUUGGAAUUCUUAAAACAGGUUCACCAUGUGAGCUUGAUUUCCAUGAGCACAAAUGCAGAAGGGAAUGCCAUUCAUCAACUAACCUUCAGGCUAAGGAUUAUUCAGGGAAGUGAAUGGGACGAGCUUGCCUUCCAGGAAGCAGUGAGAAGAGUGGUUGCUGACUUGGCACAGUGCCAAGUGGACCAAUAGUUAUGAGGGACCUACAUCGAUCACCACUUAUCUUUAAUUUAUACUGUAGCAGUUUUUAUGAUAUGUUGGUUUCAUAAUUAAUUGGUCUUAUUAAGUUAGUCCAUUACUACUACCAAAUUUUUGUGUUCGUUUCACGUGAAACGAAUAUUGAUGUAUAUUAAUUUUAAGCAAAUGAAAAUGCACACAUGGAAUUGCAUGUC